CAGACCGAUUAUGACACAGCGCCACCUCUGAAUAAAAGUUUGGUCUGCAGUUUGGCGAAUUCCCCGUUAAUGGAACCGAGUUUAUUAAGUUUCUAUGAGAAAUAAGUCAUAUCAAGAAGUCUUAGAAACAUUUACUUAUAUGCAGACAUUCGUAAGCAUUAGGAAUAUAUGGAAGUUUAUGAAGCACGUGUUCUAUAAUCUAGACCCGAACUUUCCCCUCUGAAGAGUCUCUGGGAAAGACAUCUAAUUAACAUUACUGCCAAAAAGAAGAAUUUAAUCGUCUAUCUAUCGGCCUCAACAUCUAAGGCACCCAACUAUGUGACAACGAACCUCUUUGACCAUCGAUGCAGAGGUCGCGGGGAUUUCUCCUUUUUGAAAUAAGUCCUUCCUCUGUUCCAUAAAGAUUGGCACAGUUUUAAACUAGAGCUAGUUCAAAGCCGUGCCAAUCUUUAUAGGAUGGAAGGAGGACGUAACAAUGAUCUUUUAUUCGUGGAGGAUAGAAUUGCUACCGACUAAUUGUAGCGUGUAUCGAUCUGCUGUGUUGACCCGGAGACAUGGUGAAGUAUCUUGGGCUCUUCGAAAAGAGAAAAGUCCAUUCUGAACCCUGAACUCGUAAAACUUGUCUGAAUCAAACCCUAAUCUUCUAAUUCUGGGUUUUUAGCCCUUGACCUGUCUGAUACCGGGUUGAAAAUAGAUUUUUCUCUUUAGAAAACAACAAGCGACUGGAAAUUUGGGUUGAAUUUUACCUGGGUCGCGUCAGCAUCACCCCCUGCUUAUCGUUUACUCUGAAACUGGAGGUAAGCGUGGAUGCAUCCGUGCAUGCCGUUAGCUCCACGUGACGAAGAGCUAUUGCCUGGGUCCAGGAAGCUUCAGCCGGGCCCAGCUACGCUGCCAACUGUUUUGUCUCGAUCGAUCGCGGCCGGCCUGCCGCCUGCAUGUAUAACUUCCAUCUCCCAUCGUGCCGUUCAGGACCAUCAGCAAACAACUCAGCUCAUCACCACAGCCACAGCCCCCAGGAGCACUGAAAAGGCACGGCGAUGGUGAGAGGGAACAACCAGCCAUUGGAUCCGGUCGCCGUCGUGGCGGUGCCGUUCCCGGCGCAGGGCCACCUGAACCAGCUGCUGCACCUGUCGCUGCUGCUCGCGUCCCGCGGGGGGCUGCAAGUGCACUACGCCGCGCCCGCCCAGCAUGUCCGCCAGGCCCGCGCGCGCGUGCACGGCUGGGACGAGGACGCGCUACUCUCCAUCCGGUUCCACGAGCUCGGCAUCUCCUCCUACGUCUCCCCGCCUCCGAACCCCACCGCCGACUCGCCGUUCCCCUCCCACCUCAUGCCGCUCUUCGAGGCCUUCACCGCGGACGCGCGCGGCCCGCUCGCGGCUCUCCUCGGCAAGCUCUCCGCUUCCUGCCGCCGCGUGGUCGUGGUGCACGACCGCAUCAACGCCUUCGCCGGCGAGGAGGCGGCGCGGCUGCCCAACGGCGAGGCGUUUGGGCUGCACUGCUUGGCCGUGUCGACGCUCGUCGGCAAGAUGGACGCCGACCACAGGCUGAUGCGCGAGAACGGCCUCACCUUCGCCCCCAUCGAGAACUGUGCGACCAAGGAGUUCGUGGAGUACGCCAACCGGGCCAGACCGCUGGCACAGAUCUCGCCCGGCGUAGGCAUUCUGACAAACACAUGCCGGGCGCUCGAGGGUGAUUUCAUCGACGUUGUCGCCGAGGACCUGGCCGCAGACGGCAAGAAGGUCUUCGCCAUCGGGCCUUUAAACCCGCUGCUCCACGCGAGCGCGUCGAAGCAGCGGCCGCACGAGUGCCUUGAUUGGCUCGACAAGCAGCCCCCGGCAUCGGUGUUGUACGUGUCCUUCGGCACGACGUCGUCGUUGCGGGCGGAGCAGAUUGAAGAGCUCGCAGCAGCACUGCGCGGCAGCAAGCAACGAUUCAUCUGGGUGCUGCGCGACGCCGACCGCGGCGACAUAUUCGCGGAGGCCGGCGAGAGCCGCCACGAGAAGCUGCUGUCGGAGUUCACGAAGCAGACACAAGGGACGGGGCUGGUGAUCACCGGGUGGGCGCCGCAGCUGGAGAUCCUGGCACACGGCGCCACGGCGGCGUUCAUGAGCCACUGCGGCUGGAACUCGACCAUGGAGAGCCUGAGCCACGGCAAGCCGAUCCUCGCCUGGCCAAUGCACUGCGACCAGCCGUGGGACGCGGAGCUGGUGUGCAACUACCUCAAGGCCGGCAUCCUCGUGCGUCCAUGGGAGAAGCACAGUGAGGUGAUUACGGCGAAGGCCAUACAGGAAGUCAUCGAGGAGGCCAUGCUCUCUGACAAAGGAAUGGCUGUGCAGCAGCGGGCAAGGGUGCUGGGGGAUGCCGUCCGCGCCGCCGUGGCUCCCGGCGGUUCGUCGCGCAAAGACCUUGAUGACCUCAUUGCUUACAUGACAAGGUGAUUAGGAAUGCCAUGUGAGAAGGUUCCUUUUGAUGCUGGCACCUCAGCCAGUUUGUCCGUAGACUCGAUAGUCUACUGCAAAAAACAUUGAAUCAUGCAUCCGGAUAAACAAUGCAUCAGUCUUGCUGUCAAACAAAAAACAAUGCAUCAGUCUUUGAGCUUCCGUACUUA